AUGAGAACGGCCGCUGCCCUCUGGAGCGUCCUUCUUGCCGCCACAGCGGCACUAGCAAAUGCUGGGAACCCAUUCUCAUCCAAUGUGAUUGCGUUGACGCCAAAGAACUGGCGGCAAGAAGUUGAAGGGCUGAGGCUACUGCCAGCUUCUUACCCCGGAGUGGGAGAAGCUGGCUGGUGCCGUGAAAGGUUAGAGUCGAGUCACAAUGGAUCACAGCAAUUUCUGGGAAAUGGUUGUUUUCGUUUCUCACCUUUAUUGAGUCAUGGCUACUUUGGCUAUCACCAGGGACGGUAA